AUGUCCGGUACAUUCUCAUCAAAUUUUCCUAAACAUCAUAAACGACGUCUGAGAAAAGCUGAGCAUGUCAAUGAUCAUUUACAAAAUAAUAACAUUUUAACUCAAAAUAAUAUUGAAAAAACUGUCUACCGUGCUGAUAAUGACGCGUAUAAAAUGCUAGCUGUACUCGGCAUUGAUAAAGUUUUAAAAAAAGCACAUAAAAGUACUUUAACUGAACUCAGUACAUUUGUGAAGAUUCAAACUGAACAGCAAUCGCACACUACUGACUACAGUGAAAAUUGGAACGGCUACUCUGAUGAUGAAUCAGAUUCCGAGGCAGAAAAUACUAUUGAUCAAUCUGAUAUGAGCACAGAAAGUUCUUCGGAAGAUGAAAAUGAUGAAUUAAUGACUAACUCUAGUUACAAAGGAUCACAAUUUAAAGGAAUAAGAAUCUUCAAUGGCAUUCCUACUUCACAAACCAAGUCACAUUUUCGUCUUAAAAUCGAUAAAAAUGAAAAAUAUGUUCACAAACAAACUGCUUGCUGGCUGCUGACCGACGACAAAACUACACUUUCAGCUGAUCGACUUCAACGUGUUCAGCAGACAAAUCGAUAA